AUGGCAAACUCUUGUGUUAAAGCUGUGUCAUUUUUUGGUGUUGUGCAACGUAUGUAUACUCUAUUUGCUAGUUCUACAAAGAGGUGGAAAAUUUUUCAAGAUCAUGUCCAUGGAUUAACUCUUAAACCAUUGUCAACAACAAGAUGGGAAAGUCAUAUUAAUAGUGUUAAAGCCAUAAUAACCCAAACUGAUGAUAUAAGAGAAGCACUAUUUGAAUUGUCUAGGGUUAGUGAAGAUGCAAAAACAAAGAGUGAAGCUGAAUCUUUAGCUACACAUGAACUUGAAAAUUUUGAAUUUUUGUUGGGCAUGAGUAUAUGGCAUAACAUUUUGAAAAAAAUUGACUUGGUUAGCCAAAAAUUGCAAUAUGGAGAUAUGCAAAUUGAUGUUGCAAUAAAACAUUUGAAGGGGCUGGUCUCUUAUUUUGUAGACUAUAGGGAACAUGGGUUCACAUUGGCCCUACUUUCUGCUAAAGAGAUUGCAUCAAAGAUGGAAAUUGACCCUGUAUUUCCUGAAAAACGUCAAAGUCGAAGAAAAAAACAAUUUGAUGAAAAUGACCAUAAAGAGACAUUUCAAUCUGCUGAAGAAUCUUUUAGGGUGAAUUAUUUUCUUGUUGUAGUUGAUGCUGCAAUUUCUUCUUUGAGGAGUAGAAAUCUUGAAGUUGCUUUAACACAUGAUAAUGAAUCUGAUAUUAAUGCUGAUGAUUUGUUUUCUGAAUUGGAAGUGUUACAAAUGUAUUUACCGAAAGAGACAAAGACAGCCAUUGAAGUUCUUGAUUUUGUAAAAGUUGUGGAUUGUUUUCCAAAUGUCUCAAUUGCUUAUAGAAUUAUACUGACUUUGCCAAAGAUCAAGAAUUUUUCAAUGAAGAUCAAGAAGAUCAAGAAUUUUGAAGAGGUUGUAGAUGAUGAAGUGGAAGUCAAAGGAGCUUUUUGUGGCCGGCCCUGUGUACAGGAAGAGGUUUAUUCUCUGCAUUAUGAUAACCAGGCUUUUGACGAGUACUCCAAGAUAGAAUUUCCAAUUGCUCCAAAGCAAGAACUGUACAAUCAACAUCUUCGUGUGGUCGGCACUUGUAACGGGCUAAUCUGCCUUGCGGAUGAUAUCUUCUGUUAUGGUGACGAUAUCUUUAUAUGGAACCCAGCCAUUAGAAAGUUAGUGACCCUUCCCUGUCCUGGUGUUACCUAUAUGACACAUGGUGGAUACGAAUCCGAUGCAUCUAUUGGGUUUGGUUUUGAUGCUAAUACCAAUGACUAUAAGGUUGUGAGACUUGUUAACCUAUUGGAUAUGUCUGAUGAUAGCACAACUGUAGCUGAGAUUUAUUCAAUUGCCACUGGCUCAUGGACCAGUCUGGAUUUUGUUUCUCCUUCAUGUAUAUUACGUGCACGCGAAUCCCAGGCUUUUGUUAAUGGGACUCUUCACUGGCCUGUACUCCGCCGGACAGAUUAUGGCAAUGAAUAUUUUAUAUUGACAUUUGACGUGAGCAGUAAGUUAUUUUGUGAGAUGCCGGUGCCAAAGAGUUUAAUAUGUGAUUUCAAACUGGGAUUACAAUUAUCUGUUUCAGGAGACGGAAAAUCCAUUGCUCUGUUCUCAAUGGAUGACAGAUGUGAAGACCGUUUUCUUGAUAUAUGGGUGAUGAAAGAGUAUGGCAUAAAGGAGUCGUGGACCAAAUUGAUUACUCUUGGUCCACAAGGGCCGGAAAGACUUCUACCCAGGGCAUUAUGUUUUAGGAAGAGUGGCGAAGUAUUACUGAUGCUUUGUGGAGCUAGGGAAGAUGCUUCCUAUUAUGAUUAUACUUUUGAUAAUUACCACAUAAAAUCAAAGCAUGAGUUAGUAUCGCUAGACCUUGUGAACAAAACCGUUAAAGAUUUUGGUGUUCCUGGGGAAGGAUAUCAAUAUUGCUCCGUUGAUUCUUUCAAAGAGGUCCUUGUCUUACUCGACCAGACAGAUGCAGUUUCCUACUAAGAGAAAGAACGGACUCGUAGGGCUUCAACGUCCUUUUCCUCAAGUGGCUGAAAUGCUGGUGCAUUUUGUUGACAUGGAACUUCUUAUCCCAAGUGCUGAUAUAUUUUCUCGACCAGUUUUUAGGACUACUGUAAACUUAGUUUUUGACCUAUGGAAGUAUGCACCUGCUACAUAUUUGAAUUGGUUAUGCAGUUCUAAACUAGCGAAUGAUUUUGCAAAUUUUUUCCCUUGGCUCAACAAUUAACAGUAUUUGCAUUU